GAGGAGUACGACGAAGAGGACGACUAUGCAGAGGAAGAAGAGGAUCAGGCGGCCGCUCAGGGACAGAAGAGGAAGAGGGAAGUGGAGGACGAGGGCGAGGAGGACGACGACGAGGAAGACUAGUCCCCGCCGGUCUCCGCCAUCCGUGUGUUGUCCUUGUGCCGUCUUUGUCCGUCUCAGUCCUCCUUCGGACCCCGAACCUCCACCUGACAGCCGCCGCGGCGCCGCGUCCCGCUCUAGUCGGUUUUUCUGUUUGAAAUAGAAAUCACUCGUUUAUUUUUAGAUAAUAUAUGAGAUUUACAGAGAAAAGAUUUUAUCUGAACUUGUUGGAUCCGGCAGAAGAAUCCACACUUCUUUCCCUUUAAGCUCGAUUCAGGAUCCCGUUUUCUGUCCGUCCAGCGAGUCUCCGCCCCCCUGACCUCCUUCACGCCGACGUCUGUGUCGUCCUCCGGCUGCCGCAGAUCUUCAAGCACAGAAAACCUUCCACCAAAGAGUGAGUUUCCUCCGUGGGACCCGGAGAGUAGAUCCAGAUAACACAGGAAGAACAGCUUCAUCCGUCGGAUCCGGUUUGAUCGAGUCUUCUCAGAGAUGGACCGUCGCCCCGCCAGCAGGACCAGAACUCUAUUCAUGCCGUUCUUGUAGACCGGUGGUCCCCAACCUUGCAUUUUUUCCAGUUUAUUUAAAAUCCGAUUCUGAAGGAAGUUUUAUUUUGAAAAACCUACUUGAGUCUCUAAACCACAUUUAACUCAUGAGUGCGUCAAAUCGCUCGUUAAUCCAUACGAUACUUUCUUUCUUCGACCGCCAAAUUAAAAGUAAAGUUAACAAAAAAACGACCAUAUUCGGAAAGUUUCUUUAAGUUGAAAACAAGAAACAGAAGAAGAACCUUUGACUUCAAAAUAAAAGACAGCAGCAAAAACAGAAAGAACUCCAAAUAUGGAUUCAUCAUAAUAAUAUUUAGCACUCGGCUGUCUAAUGAUAAAAAAAUGUUGCUAAUAAAGUUGCUCAAUUGAUGGAUUCGGACACCGCUGAA